AUGUGCGCGUGCCUGCCAUAUCCACCUUCCAGACCUGUCUGGCAAGCGAGUGAUCGGCAGAUACAGUGCCGAUCAUCAGCUCGCACAAGAUCCACCUUCUCCUCCCAGUACGUCGGCGCCACCAACGCCGGCUUCAUCCGCGGUGGUUACCACUUCGCCCAGCCCGGCUCCUCCACCGGCGCCGCGCAGGCCAACUACUUCCUCGCCCACGGCGGCGGCUGGUCCAAGGACGGUAUCACCCUCCCCGGCAUGCUCGACAUCGAGUACAACCCCUCCGGCGCAACCUGCUACGGCCUCUCCGCCGCGUCGAUAGUAGCCUAG